GAUCUUGUGCUGGAAUAGAGCAUAGUACUACCUCAGCGAACAACAUCAAGCGAAGAGAUGUACUAGGGGCUGUCUCAUGCUGACUGCUGAUCCGUACAUGAUUGACAAGUGCAUGUAUAUUAGUUGCACGAAGAGCUCUUGAAGCCGUACUCAUGUCAACAGCAGGAAAUCAAAAGGCGUACACAAGCAAACGCUGAGGUGGCAACUAUUUCACUUACUCUAGCAGGGAGGAUGCAUCACCAUCUUCUCAUCAAGAACUACUGCUCUCGUUUCCAAGUCUCGUACCAAUACUAGCUUUGAAAUUUAAAUUCCAGGGUAGGUAUCUCCUUCGAUUCUAAUGAUAUCCAAAGAUCAAACAGAGAUGCAUCUCUCUUCAAUUGGGAUCAAAGAUACGGUGCAUUAUCAGGUGGACUGUGCAGAAUCUGCCACUCUCGGUAUAACCACGAAGACAUGGAAAAGCUGAUACGACCGAGAUGUAAUAGGAAAUCAGCAGCCUAAAAACAAAGACCAAACCAUGUGUGUUGCGGUUCGAUGUGUCAUAUGAUCAGUAUCGAAAUAAAAUGUUUAUCAAAUGUUGCGUUCACUGGUGGUCUGGCCAUUAUUUUCCUACCUUUAACCUGAAUUUCGAUGAGGCAGGGCCCAUGACAUUUUGGCAAGAGUUCCAGUAAAAAUGUGUUUCGAAUGGCGAUGCUCCUGGUGUGGACCUUAUUGGGACUGGUAGUUGGUUUAGCACUUGGAGGUGGUCUGCACAACUUGAAGGUUUCACACACUGCAAUUGUGCUCCUCGGGUACCCAGGAGAGCUGAUGAUAAGAGCAUUACAGCGGUUUAGUCUGCCCCUGUUGACCUUCGCUCUGAUUCAAGCAGGAGCGGAAGAGUGGCAAGAUCGGAGGAAUGCUUAUUACAUAUCACGUAACCAGCAUGUUUGUGGCUGUUUCUAUCGGCAAUUCUGCAGUGUACAUCAUCAACCCUGGCAAAAUCAGACCCUUCGAAAGGAAAGAAGGAGAUGCUAAGUGUCAAGCCGUAACCACCGGUGAAGUGGCAGCUUCUUAUGUAUUGUGCUUCUAUAAUAGCGACUUUGGCCUAAAGGCUUCAUCUGAUAUGAUUUGAAACACUCAGAUGGUUAUGUGUUGUCUGAUUACAAUCCAUAUCUUUCUAUAGUGCAGCCAGACUAACACUUACUGGUACAUUAUCACUUAUCACUGAACUCUGUGGAUAACUUGCUGUUGAUAGAGAAAUUCAAGUAGUGAUUGAAAUACUACUUUUGAAUUUCCUCUUAACCUUGGGCAAGAUAUCAUCCCCACCAACAUGACGGUAGCUGUGGUGCUGCCAUAUUACUUUAGCUUGAACGUGUUUGCGAUGAUUUCGCUCUGUUUCUUUUCAGAGUAGGUAAGAAUCUGAUCUUUAGCUCAAAUCUUAAUUCCCAUUAUAUUGGUAGUUUGAUGAUAAGCGAAAGGACUAGCUCAAAAAGGGUUUGAAGUAGGAUUCCGUUGUGAUGACAGUUGCAUCGUAGAAGGUUACAAGUGCCGCUGAUUCCAAGCGCCAAGGGAAGGCCCGAGUCCAUUACAGAGAUGAUUGAAGUCUUGAACGUAGUGAGAAUGAAAACUGUGAGUGCACUUCAUUUUAAGGAAUUAUAAUUACUACGGAUACGCUGAAG